AUGGGUAUUAGAACCGGAGUUCCAGCCCUUUUCGCCUCAAUUUCAGGCUUCAGAGUUACACCCUUCUGUAAAUCAGCCCGAAGAUUUCAAUUAAACUUAAAUCGCCUUAAUUUUACCACCAAAUCCAAAUUAUCCUCGAGUUUCCAUAAUACUAAUAAUUUAAUAAACCGUGAUAAUGGAAGUAAAUUCGACAAUUUACUGCCAGUUAAUGUAAACUCUACAAUAACGAGAAGAUUUAAUAGUAGUUCGCAAAAUGUAGUCAAAAAGUCAGGAAACGCAAAUACAACACCCGAAGUUGGUAAAAUGAGGAAAGGUUACAUAUCCCAGGUUAUAGGCGCAGUUGUGGAUGUUAGGUUCGAUGGACCACCGCCACCAAUACUGAACGCACUUUGGGUCGACAACGACGGAACUAGGCUCUCUCUGGAGGUUGCUCAGCACCUGGGGGACGGAGUUGCCAGGAGCAUAGCUAUGGGCGCAACUGAAGGCCUGAUGAGGGGCCAAGAGGUCCUUGAUACAGGCUCUCCAAUUACCAUUCCAGUUGGCACUGCAACUCUGGGCAGAAUUAUGAACGUCACAGGUGACGCAAUUGACGGCUUCGGUCCAAUUAAAUCUGAGCACCAGUUGCCAAUUCACAGGCCUGCGCCAACAUUCGAGGAGCAGAAGAGUGACGAGGCGCUUUUGAUUACCGGGAUUAAGGUCGUGGACCUUUUAGCGCCCUACGCCAAGGGAGGUAAAAUCGGCUUGUUUGGGGGUGCCGGAGUUGGUAAAACAGUCCUUAUCAUGGAGCUAAUCAACAACGUCGCCAACAAACAUGGAGGGUACUCAAUAUUCGCAGGCGUCGGCGAACGCACAAGGGAGGGUAACGAACUAUACCAUGAAAUGAUGUCUACUGGUGUUAUUAAGCGUGCACUUAAACCAAAUGGGAAAGGUGACGAAGCGGAUUUUACCGGAAGUAAGGCGAGUCUAGUAUAUGGACAGAUGAACGAACCGCCAGGCGCCAGAGCUAGAGUCGCAUUAACCGGGUUGACAGUGGCGGAGUACUUCAGGGAUGAACAGAACCAAGAUGUGCUGCUGUUCAUAGAUAACAUCUUCAGGUUCACGCAAGCAGGCAGUGAAGUCAGCGCGCUUCUUGGAAGAAUUCCAAGUGCAGUGGGUUAUCAGCCGACACUAGCCACAGACUUGGGGUCCUUGCAGGAGAGAAUCACAACAACAAAAAAGGGCUCAAUCACUUCAGUUCAAGCCAUUUACGUGCCAGCCGACGAUAUCACAGACCCUGCUCCAGCCACCACAUUCACCCACCUGGAUGCGACAACUGUGCUCUCGAGACAAAUUGCAGAGCUUGGAAUUUACCCAGCAGUAGAUCCACUGGACAGCACCAGCAGAAUGCUCAGCUCCCACAUUGUUGGAGAACGCCAAUAUAACGUUGCGAGGGCUGUUCAAAAGAUACUUCAAGACUAUAAAUCAUUGCAAGAUAUUAUCGCCAUCUUAGGUAUGGACGAGUUGAGUGAGGACGACAAGUUUGUGGUUGCACGUGCCAGGAAGGUCCAGAGGUUUUUGUCACAGCCGUUCCAGGUGGCUGAAGUGUUUACUGGGAAGCCUGGCAGGUUCGUGGAGUUGCCAGACACCAUUGAGGGCGCAGAGCAGAUCCUGAACGGAAGCUGCGAUGACUUGCCGGAAAUGGCCUUUUACAUGGUUGGAGACAUCAAGGAGGCCAAGGAGAAGGCAGUCGAGAUGUUAAAAACUAGGUCCUAA